AGAAAAGAAAAGAAGAAAAUCCUUUCAAAAGUUGGAGAGAAGAGGAAGCCAACAAAGUGGCCAUCACGCGCUCCAGUGCAGAGUUGCAGGCGACCAGGUUCGUCGUCCCCACUAGAUCCGGCCGGUCGGCUCACCGCUCCGGUGACAGCCGCCUCGCACCAAAUCUCCGUGCGCGUUUGGCCAAGCUCCACGGGAAGCUUGAAUCUUUGCUGAGCUCGUCCGGAGCUGAGCCCUGGCUACUUGAGUUCAGGCUUGUUUCCUCAUCUGAGGCCAAGAUUCGAAGCGUCGGCCAGGGGAGGCGAUGAAGGGGAAGGGCGGGGCGCUGGACAGGAGGUCCUCCGCCAGGUGGAGGGUGCUGCUGCUAUGCGCAUUCAGCUUCGGCCUCGGCAUGCUCUUCACGGACCGGUUCUGGACAGCACCAGAUACCAGUAAUCAUAUCAUGUCUCAACGCCUGAGGCAAGAUCAAGAGCUGCAACUAGUAUCAGAGGAUUGCAGCACAAAGAGGAAGCAUGGAGAAGACAAGGAUAUCAUGGGAGAGGUAACAAGAACCCAUGAAGCCAUACAAUUAUUGGAUAAGUCCAUCUCAACGCUGCAGAUGGAGCUUGCUGCGAAGCGGAGCACACUGGAGCAGCUCCGCUCUAGUGGCUCACAAGUAACCUCUGAAACUAGCCAACCAAGGAAAAAGGCAUUUGUUGUCAUUGGAGUCAACACUGCGUUCAGCAGCCGCAAGCGCCGUGAUUCAGUCCGGGAGACAUGGAUGCCUCAAGGUGAAAAGCUGCAACAAUUAGAAGAACAGAAGGGAAUAGUUAUCCGCUUCACUAUCGGUCACAGUGCUACAUCCAAUAGUAUACUGGACAAAGCUAUAGAUUCAGAGGACGCUCAGCAUCAUGACUUUCUUAGACUGGACCACGUCGAGGGAUAUCAUGAACUCUCAGCCAAGACAAAAAUUUUCUUCUCGACAGCUGUCGGCAUCUGGGAUGCUGAUUUCUACGUCAAGGUCGAUGAUGAUGUGCAUGUGAACUUAGGGAUGCUUGCCACUACUCUUGCUCGGCAUAAAUCAAAACCAAGAACUUAUAUUGGCUGCAUGAAGUCAGGCCAAGUUCUCGCUGACAAGAAUGUGAAGUACCAUGAACCUGAGUACUGGAAAUUUGGGGAGGAAGGGAACAAAUACUUCCGUCAUGCUACUGGGCAGAUAUACGCCAUUUCAAAAGAUCUUGCGACUUAUAUUUCAAUCAAUCAGCCUAUCUUGCACAAAUAUGCAAAUGAAGACGUAUCGCUUGGAUCAUGGUUCAUUGGUUUGGAAGUUAAUCAUAUUGAUGAAAGGAACAUGUGCUGUGGCACUCCACCAGAUUGUGAGUGGAAAGGGCAAGCUGGCAAUGUUUGUGUUGCGUCUUUUGAUUGGAGCUGCAGUGGCAUAUGCAAAUCUGUCGAGAGGAUCAAGGAUGUACAUGCACGUUGUGGCGAAGGAGAUUCAGCAGUUUGGAGUGCUCUUAUCUAGCGAAUACCCUCCUCCGCCCGUAAAUACUUGGUAAUCUCUCAUGGUGAACAUCUACAUAGGCAACUACUCAAGUGAACUCGACAAGACUGAGGAUCAUGCCCCGUCGGAUAUAAUCUGGAAUUGCAGAAAACGGGACGGUGCUGAUGCUUACUUGGCUUGGCAAUCUGGCAACACAUGUAGCUUAGUGGAUACUUGUUGAGAUGUUUUGGUAGAUGAACGUGCUGUCUAUCACCGCUGGUGACUUUGGUUGGUGGUCUUAGAAGAGAGACGAAGUGGGGGGUUGCAACUGAUGUUGGUUACUAGAUCUUACAUGUAGGGUGAGAGUUUCUCAGCUGAUGCGUGCGGAAGUAGGGAUCGUGUAAUGUAGAAAACAUUGUUUCAUGCAAUUUUUGACAAUUCUCUCA